CUCUUCAUUGUACAAUCUUGAAACAAUACUAUAGAGAUGAAUACAAGUGUAAAAACUGAGAGAAGAAGCUUGUGUAUGGUAGAUUAUGACAUUCCAGUUAAUAAAUGUGUUAAAAGGCGACGAAGAUCUCCUCCUGCAGUUGUGGUGAAUGAUAACAAUAUUGGCCAACAAUUGGACUCACCAAAAGCUAAUCAAAAUAUUGUUCAAACUCCUACUGUGAAGAGAAGUUCAAGAUUCAGAGGUGUUAGCAGGCAUCGAUGGACAGGGCGAUAUGAAGCUCAUUUGUGGGAUAAGGCUUCUUGGAAUCCAACUCAGAAAAAGAAGGGGAAGCAAGUCUAUCUUGGAGCAUAUGACGAAGAAGAAGCUGCAACAAGAGCUUAUGAUUUGGCUGCAAUCAAGUAUUGGGGUACUUCAACUUUCACCAAUUUUCCGAUAUCUGAUUAUGAGAAAGAAAUAGAGAUCAUGCAAAAUUUGACAAAGGAGGAGCAUUUAGCCUCUUUAAGAAGAAGAAGCAGUGGUUUUGCCAGAGGUGUAUCUAAGUACAGAGGAGUUGCAAGGCAUCAUCACAAUAACAGAUGGGAAGCAAGAAUCGGACGAGUUUUUGGCAACAAAUAUCUAUACUUGGGUACUUACAGUACUCAAGAGGAGGCAGCUCGAGCUUAUGAUAUUGCAGCAAUUGAGUACAGAGGAACUAACGCAGUCAACUUCGACUUGAGCACAUACAUUAGAUGGCUAAAACCAGAUGCUAUUUCUCAAAUGCAAUUCCAAGAUUUAAUAUCAGAAUAUCAGCCUAUACAAACUAACAACACUAAUGAUAUGAUCACUAACCCGGUAAACGACUCUCAGUUCUCGUCUGACCCCAGUUAUUUCACCACCAGUAGUGAAAAAUUGUCAGCUAUACCACGAAGCCAGGAACCUAUUGAAAGAAAAAUGCCCUUAUUAAGUCAUUCCAAGAAGUCAUCCUCAUCUACUGCUCUAAGCCUUUUGCUUCGAUCCUCCAUGUUUCAAGAGCUCGUUGAAAAGAAUUCAAGCACUACUGCUGAAGAGGCUAGCUUGAAGAACGGAGCACAGUCAAGCACAGAAAAUGAGUAUUAGUUCUACACAAGUGAUAAUAAAUUACCAGGAACAAGGUGGGAGUUCUUGGAGGAAGGGAG